AGCCCUGGACGCGUUACCGUACUCAUGGCUGUGUGGACCUUUGGGGGCCGCCUCGGCCUGCGCGGGCGUCUCGGCGGGUGCAGGCUGCUGUGUCCCCGUUUCCAGAGCUUUGGCCCUCAGGGUGGGGAAGACGGGGACAGACCGCAGCCAUCCUCGAAGGCAGCCAAGGUCCUCAAGAUUUACACCAAGACAGGAGACAAAGGGCUUUCCAGCACCUUCACGGGAGAAAGAAGACCUAAAGACGAUCAAGUAUUUGAAGCUUUGGGGACCACGGAUGAACUAAGCUCGGCUAUUGGGUUUGCCAUGGAGUUGAUCACAGAAAAAGGCCACACGUUUGCCGAAGAGCUUCGGAAGAUCCAGUGCACUCUGCAGGACGUCGGCUCCGCCCUGGCCACUCCACGUUCCUCAGCCAGGGAGGCUCACUUAAAGCACACGGCUUUCCAGGAAGAACCUAUCUUGGAGCUGGAACAGUGGAUUGACAAGUACUCCAGCCAGCUCCCCCCACUCACGGCUUUCAUUCUCCCUUCUGGAGGCAAGAGCAGUUCUGCCCUGCACUUCUGCCGGGCUGUGUGCCGCCGGGCUGAACGACGCGUGGUGCCCCUCGUCCAGAUGGGAGAAACGGACGCAAAUGUGGCGAAGUUCUUGAACAGACUCAGCGAUUACCUCUUCACGGUAGCCAGAUACGCAGCCAUGAAGGAGGGCAGCCAGGAGAAAAUAUACAAGAAGCGUGAUGUGUGAGGCGUGAAGACAUGGUGGGCCAGUGGUCAGCUCCAGACAGUCGUGCUGACAGGGGAAGCGGGCAUGAGCUACAGACCCAGCAUCGCCUGCCUUGUGCCCCUCCCCCUGCCCUCAGGGACCUCUGAGACUCCUGGCUUAUCACUUCAACUGAGUUCCAAACGGCAGGAAGGCAAGGUGCACUGGAGGCUACAAAGGGGAUGGCGGGCCACUUGGAUUUGAGAAUGACCGUGGGGAAGGGAAGGUUUGAACUGUGUACUCGGGCUCUGUGUGUGUGUGUGUGUGUGUGUGUGUGUGUGUGUGUGUGUGUGACACACAGAGAGAGACAGAGUGUGUGCAUUGCCAACUCAGGCUGUUCAAGGACUUGGGAUGUACCAGAGGCCCCUGGAAUGUAAUUGUGAUUUACCUCCGCCAAUGGGGCUUUAAAUGUCACAUUUAUAAAGGGAAGGCAGGCAGACUUGAGGAGUUUAGUCACCUCUGAGCCGCCCAUCACUGCCACAGUGUCGGGGAAAGACAGCUGCAGGUCCACAGGGGCGCAACUCCGAGAAUCUUCUCCAUCAGGGCAGGAGGCAGGCGGUCCUCCCCGCCCCGGGCAGUGGCGGAAUGCGGCCUUCAGCGUGGCACGAGCUCUCUUGUUCAUGCUUCCAUGAGCCACACCACGGCUGGUCUGUGCUUUCGUGAGCCACAUCAUGCCUGUGUUACUCCACCUGCCACCACUGCUUCCUUUCCCCUUGACGUGACAUCGCAGUGACACCCGUGUCCUUGGGAAGAGGGAUGUUUAUGGAAGGCUGGAGGCAGCCCUGAGAACCUCAUGGUAGCCAGUGACUUAGGAAGGGCAGGUCUGAGACACCCCAGGACUCAGCUCAGCGAUCGUCUCUUCCCUGUGCACACCCUCCAUGCGAGGUGUGGGUGGCCCGGCCCCUCUAGCUGCCUUGUUGGUCAGUCAGCAAGCCUUUGAUUUCAGCCGCGCAUCUUCUGGGUCCUGUGAAGGGCGGAUGCCCAGCAGGGAGGGACACCCCUAGGAGGCAGUCCCUGCAAGGACACUGCAGCCACCGCGGUAGGGUAGUGAGGCACGGAUUGGACAGAGUUGGUGCUGUGUGUGCAGAAACAGGAGGCACGAGCUUGGUCUGGGCCUGGCCGGGGAAGCCAUGUUCCAAGAGCUUACAGCAGCCCCACCACUCUGCCUACAGCUCCAGGUCUUCCCCAAAAAGGAGAGUGUGAACUCAAGAGCAUAGGAAGCCACGUCCCUAGCCUAUGCCCGACUGCCUUCCAGACCCACGGCAGCAUGUUGAGUGGCUCUCAAAUGUCGAUCCCCACCUUCAGGCUCCAGGCAUUGCCCAGCCUUGUGUGUACCACCCUGGGCCUCAUGGGGUGAUCCCCACUACGUGCUAACAAGCUUCAAAACCUUCUUUAAAUUGUACCCAUUUAUCACUGAUCUUCACCCCUUCUCUGCUUCAUAAUUCAACCCUUAAAAAUAUAGCAGGAAGGCUUUCUCUCCUUUGAAAUUUUGUAGAAAGCGCCUUUAUUGAGAUACAAUCCACCCACCAAAAACUUCCUCCUUUUUUUUUUUUUUUUUGGUUCUUUUUUUCGGAGCUGGGUGCCGAACCCAGGGCCUUGUGCUUCCUAGGUAAGCGCUCUAACCACUGAGCUAAAUCCCCAGCCCCAACUUCCUCCUUUUAAAUUGGACAUUUCGGUGGGUUUUGGGGUAUUGCCCAGUUUUUGCCACCCAUACCUCACACCCAAGAAGAUGCCCCCUAGUCCGGGCUCACCAGAACAGUAUUCACCAGCAUUUGCAGAGGUGAAUGAACCCCAUCUGUGAUGUCCGUCCUGCCACCAGAGGGCCCAGCUUGUACUGGAUCUUACCUGAGGCUCACAGUGCCGGUAGUGGGGAGUUCACGUUUCUACAGGAAAGGAAACUGAGACUCAGAACCGACCUAGGCUGUGGCCACAUGACACCCCGCCACCACCGAGCCCACUGGCACUUGACAGUAGUUUUAAUCACGACCUGGGCUGCGACAAGUAUCGCCAGGCGCUGACAGAUUGCUGUCGCAUUUCUCAGCCGAGUCUCCCUUAACUGAUACUUCACGGCUAUUGUUAAUGUGCGUUUCUCAUGGAGUAAUUUUCAGAGCCUGAACUUGUAGCACAUCCCAAUGAUAAACGUCCCCGGUUCCAAGUCCCCUGUCAGCUGCAAUGUCACCCUUACCUCCUCCCCAGCACCUCCCGACAGCCCAUCCAGUUUUACGAUCGCUCUGUCCCAGUGAUCACGGCUGAACCUUUAAGAAUCCGGACGCAUUUCAAGUUUAAUUGAAUAAAAUUCUUUGUAUAAUAAAUUCCACAUGAAUGCUACAUAAAUCAGA